CACCGUUCUGUUGGCGUUGAUGAUGACCUUUUUUAUGGUUUUCAGUUCAUUUUUCAGUUCUUUGUUUUGGUUAUACAUUUGUUAACGCAGUAUUUCAUGCAGAAGCCUCUAAAAGCAUACUUUAAAAUUUAAAAGUGAUAAACAAUCUGAUUCACACUGACCUGUGCUCUCUCUCUGUAUCAGUAGUCGUGAUAGAUCUUAAAUUAUCAUGACUAAAUGUUUAUAACAGUUUUAUCUAGAUCAAUAUAAGUCAGGGGUAUAUAUUGAAAAGUUUUUCUGGCCACUCUUGGUGACAAAUUAAUCUGGCUACUCUUGGUGACAAAUUAAUCUGGCUACUCUUGGUGACAAAUUAAUCUGGCUACUCUUGGUGACAAAUUAAUCUGGCUACUCUUGGUGACAAAUUAAUCUGGCUACUCUAGGUAACAGAUUUAUCUGGCUAAUCUAAGUGAGCAGCAGGUUUAUCUGGCUUCUCUUAGUAAAAUUUAUCUGGCUAUUCUUGGUAGGGUUGCCAGGUGUCCAGUUUUGAACUGGACAGUCCAGUAUUUGAGCAGACUGUCCAGGAUAAAAUAAAUAUAAAUACUGGACAAGUAUAUGAAUAAUACUCUGUUACCCCCCUUCUUCUGCUUUGUGGCAUACCUGAGAAGGGAAGGAUGGAAAGGUGUCCAGUAUUUUCGGAAAAGGUAUCUGGCAAUCCUAAUUCUUGGUCAGUAGCAGAUUUUUCUGGCUUCUCUUAGUAAAGGAUUUAUCUGACUACUUUGGGUAACAGAUUUGUCUGGCUAUUCCUGGUAACAUUUGUCUGGCUACCCUUGGUCAUUAGGCUGAGAACAUGGUCUAGCUGCCCAUCAAAGAUAACUUAAUAUGACUGGCUUUUGGUUUAGGCUGAGAACAGGGUCUAGCUGCCCAUCAAAGAUAACUUAAUAUGACUGGCUUUUGGUUUAGGCUGAGAACAGGGUCUAGUUGCCAGUCUAACAUAACUUAAUAUGACUGGCUUUUGGUCAGGACUCAAAGAUGUGUUAUUCUUACAAAACAGUAAGCUACAGAAUAGUGAUUGGGAGUGUAUGUAGAGAUGAAAGGUCUUUAUUUUCAUCCUAAAACUUUAUCUAUGGCCUUUCUCUUUUAAUUCACAGCUCUUGGUAAAAUUGUAUUAGUUUAACAAUUAGCUGAAGUCUUUCUGUUAGUGAUGGUCUAGAGCAGAGGUGGCUAAUAGUGAAUUUGUUGGCCGUAACUUAAAAUUAUUGCUGGUUGAUUAAAUAUGAGUUGGCUCUAGGUUUAAAAAUUCUAGGAUAUAGUAUACAAAUUUGGUCAGUCUGUUAAAAAUUUGUUGGCUGACGAUGCAAAAAAAUUUUGGCAGGCAUGUAGAAAAUAUUUUGGUAGUCAGUUCAAAAUUUGUUGGUAUUCUGGUAGAAAUUUGUUGGCAGUCAUAAACAACUCUCUUUAUUUAGUUGGUUAUUAAGUUAAAUUAAAUGAGCAGUUUCCAAUAAGCAGAAUGAAGGGAAAAUGUAUUGAUAAAGCAUGGCUUCAUUUAUUUGAUCAUACUAGAGGCCAAUGUAUGAAAUAUCUGAGUUGUUUAACAGUGGCAUUCUUUUUUUUCUUUAAAAAGUAAAUGAUUGUAUCAACCUAUUGUAUUUUUUUCUUCCUGUUUGUUGAUCAAUAAUUUGACUAGCUUGAUGAUGUUUUGUGUUAGACUUAGUGCAAAAAAUAGAGGUGGUUAUAGAAUGGCAGAAAUGACAUGGCUGAUUAUUUACUUAAUGUCAUAUCUCUCUAUGCUUGCUCCACUUGUCUCUUCUUCUCUCCCUCUGACAGCUGCGCGUGAUCAGGGCAUUUAGGAGUAUGCUGGAGGACCUAGACGACAAGCGUAGCGUCAACAGCUACCACAGUUUCCACAGUCUGCGCUUAUCACGCAGCCAUCAUGGUCCCCGAAAUUUUGGGGAUGAUCCUGGUUCUCGUUAUGAGUCACACUUCCUUCGAACCACCGGCCAACAUUCUCUAAAUCCAGGCUUGCGUGGCACCGGACGCAGCAACAGUGCCCGCUACUAUAGCACCUCCCCUUCCAACACUUACCCUAACUUGCAGUUGAAAAGCUAUUCCUAUGAGAAUGUUCCCCUGGUAGCCCACCAGCGGACCACUGUAGAGGCCCCUUGUAAUCCCUUAUGUAACAUAUCCCCCGCUAAAAAAUCAAAAACAUUAAGCCAUUCCGACAUCUCACAACACUCUGAAACAGCUAUAUGACAGUUUGAAUUUCCCUACACAAACUUCUAUCUAGAGGACUUUUUAUAUUUCAUGUAUGUAAAUAGCUAGUCUGGCAUAGAUGGAGCCAUAUUGUCCAAAAGUUGGUUUUUAUUUUUUUUCAGCUAUCUGAAACCCAUGCAAAUAGUUUUUUUUGUAUAGAACAUGUCUUGAAUACUGAGUUAGAGAUUUGUUAAGUAAUAUAAGACUAACAGAAAUGUUGAGGUGAUGAACUCACUUCUGAGUCCCUUCAUUAACCACUGACCCUGUAAAUGAUCCACCUAAUUCAUGUGAAAACUGCAUUAAAAGAGUUUUGUAUCUACUUGUUUUCUUACCC